UACCGCGUUCAGUUCUCAAAUUCUCUCGCACUACGCACUCCCGCGUUACCACCGCUACCUCGUCGCCGUUUACUCGCCGGAACCCAGAUCGUUGCUGCUUCCUGGGUCCAAGCCUUGUUUUAGCAGUUCAUAAUAUAUCUCUUCUGGGUACAGUCCGUCGAACUGUAAUAAGAUUACGACCUUCAGAAUCGGAGGUGAGUGAAUCGGAGCCUUUGCCGGCAUUUUGGGACAGACGUUGUUUUCUUUUCUUCGCGAUCUCCUUCUCAGUUGUUGCUGCUCGCCGGUACGGCCCCAUCGGAAGUUUAAUUUUCGUUAUUCUUUUCCUAUCUCCAUUUAGUCUGUGUAACCGGACGCCGCCUCACGCCAGUCUUCUUCGGCAGUCCCUCAUUGCUUGGUCUCGUUCUUCAACAGCAUUGGUGCAGCAUGUUUCUGACACGAAUAUUUGGGCGGACAUUUCUAGCUGCUGCUAGAUCAGAAGCUUCUGCUGCUACAGCUGCUGCUGGCUCUACAGCUAGGACAGGGUACAAUCCGCUCGAGGAGUUCUUUGAGGUACAUAGAAGUCCAGAAGAUGACAAACCUGUUGUAUAUGGUCGAAGUUGGAAGGCUUCAGAACUGCGGCUCAAGUCUUGGGACGAUCUUAAUAAGUUAUGGUAUGUCCUGUUGAAGGAGAAAAAUAUGUUGAUGACACAGCGGCAGAUGCUUAACGCACAAAAUCUAAGGUUUCCUAAUCCAGAACGCAUUCCCAAGGUGAGGAAGUCAAUGUGUCGAAUCAAACAGGUACUUACGGAGAGAGCCAUCGAUGAACCAGAUCCUCGGAGAUCCGCAGAGAUGAAGAGGAUGGUAAAUGCCCUUUGAUAAUAAGCUAAUCAAUGAUUCGAACCCAGCCUUGUACGGGGAGGAAGUCGGGCGUCUAUCAAUUGAGUUGAUUAUGUAAUCGAGGAUCUCGUUAGGAGUCUAAUCUAGUUUUAACGAAGAUAUUGAAAGCUUUGGAGAUGGUUAUGAAUUGUGGGAACAUGAUGAUGGAGAAGAUUAUUGUAGAAGAUUUAGAUGUGAUGUGUGUGCUGAAAAUGAAAGAGUUGACAAAGAAAAAAGGGGAAAUAAUGAUGGUUUGAUGUUGUUGUGUUGGGAAAAUGAGAGUAUGUUGAUUAGACUUGCUCUGCUUUUUUAUUAGCUUCUUAAUCAAGAUUGUUUAUGUUCA